UUUGCUAUAAAUAUAUGUCCAAAUGCAUUGCACAUUGAAUUGAAUUCAAGUACAAAGGAACAAUCAAUGUCUCUGGUAACUGCAGUGAAAUUGAAGUGUGUAGCAUCUGCUGCACUGCCAUUAUUACCAACACAGUUAUCUCAAUCUCAAAGGAGGAGCAGCAGGAGAAGCCAAUCAAGAGGUGGGGCAGAUGGUCAGGUGGUGUGUGCAUUGAGUUCAAGCAAAAGUGUGCAAGUGCAGAGGGAGGAGAAGAUUGAGUUUGUGGAAGAGAUUCUGUCUGGAGAGUGGCCUCAAAGUUUUUCUAUACUGAAUUUUGAGGAUUUGUCAGUUUACUAUGAACCACUCGUCUUCAAAGCUCAGUCACAACCUUCAAUCCUCUUGGCAGAAGUAAUGUCAGAACAUGUGUACACUGCAACGCCAGAACAGUUACUCGAGGACAUAGAUCAUCACUUUGCCAAAAUAUCAGGGCUUCCUAUUAUUAACAAAGAGAUGAAGUGCAUUGGAGUCUUGGCCAAGACGGAUAAACGAAAAGCCUCCAAUGGGUUGAAAUCAAAGGUUGGUGAGGUCAUGAGCUCACCCGUUAUCACCCUAUCAGCCGACAACUCUGUCCUAGAUGCUGCUAUACUUAUGCUUAAGAACAAGAUCAAUCGAAUCCCUAUUGUAAAUGAAGAUGAACAUGUUGUUGGAAUUGUGACAAGGACUGAUAUUUUCAAUGCCUUGGAGGGGUUCUCUGUCUAAAGCGUUAUAAUCAUUGCAUUCUGCAAUAUCCAGUGAAGUUGAGCUCCGGUGGUUUUUAAUAUGUACGUUUCAAGGAAUCCUUUUGAUUCACUAUGUUCAAAGCUGUGUAUAUGGUAACAGAUGUCCCAAAAAAAAGCCAGAUAUGCAUUUUUAAAGGCGUAAUGGGUAUUUUUUUUAAGGA